CUGUGCCUUGCAGGUUGUGCACCCUGACCCUGAAGAAGCUUGCAGUGCUCCGGGAACUGGAGAAGGAGCUCAUGUCUGUAGUGAUUGCUGUCAAGAUGCAGGGCUCCAAACGUGUCCUGAGGUCGCAUGAGAUUGUGCUGCCCCCUAGUGGACAAGUGGAAACUGACCUGGCCCUGACCUUCUCUCUGCAGUACCCCCACUUCCUGAAGAGAGAAGGUAACAAGCUACAGAUCAUGCUGCAGCGCAGAAAGCGGUACAAGAACCGAACCAUCCUGGGCUACAAAACUCUGGCUGCAGGCUCCAUCAACAUGGCUGAGGUGAUGCAGCACCCCUCUGAGGGUGGCCAGGUGCUAAGCCUCUGCAGCAACAUCAAAGAGGCCUCCGUCAAGGUGGCCGAGAUCUGGAUCGUCUCCUUGUCCAGUCAGCCCAUUGACCACGAGGACAGCACCAUGCAGGCUGGCCCCAAGGCAAAGUCCACAGAUAACUACUCUGAGGAGGAGUACGAGAGCUUUUCCUCAGAGCAGGAAGCCAGCGACGAUGCUGUGCAAGGACAGGAUCUUGAUGAGGACGACUUUGAUGUGGGGAAACCCAAGAAGCAGCGGCGCUCGAUACAACAGAACUUCAAACAGAAGGUGGUGGCACUGCUGCGCAGAUUUAAAGUGUCAGAGGAGGUUCUAGACUCAGAGCAGGACCCUGCAGAACAUGUCCCGGAGGUGGAAGAGGACCUGGAUCUUCUGUACGACACGCUGGAUGUGGAGAACCCCAGUGACAGUGGCCCCGACAUGGAUGAUGAUGACAGUGUCCUUAGUACCCCCAAGCCUAAGCUCAGGCCAUACUUCGAAGGCCUGUCACACUCCAGCUCACAGACAGAGAUAGGGAGUAUCCACAGUGCUCGGAGCCACAGGGAGCCUCCAAGCCCGGCUGAUGUACCGGAGAAGAUGAGAUCCCUGGGAGGCAGGCAGCCAAGUGACAGCAUCUCUGACACGGUGGCCCUCAGUGCAACAGCCCCCCGGGAGCCACUGGGGCAACCUGAGGACAGCCCAGAGGCUGAGACCUCCAUCCUGGAUGUGUUCACUGAGAGGCUGCCACCCAGUGGGAGGAUCACAAAGACGGAGUCGCUUGUCAUCCCCUCUACCAGCAGAUCAGAGACAAAGCCAGCCGGCCGCCGGGGCCGAAGCACAUCCCUGAAGGAACGACAGCCAGCUCGACCUCAGAAUGAGCGGGCCAACAGCCUGGACAAUGAGCGCUGCCCAGACACACGGAGCCAGCUGCAGAUUCCCAGGAAGACCGUGUACGACCAGCUGAACCACAUCCUCAUCUCUGACGACCAGCUCCCUGAGAACAUCAUCCUCGUCAACACCUCUGACUGGCAGGGACAGUUCCUCUCAGACGUACUACAGAGACACACACUCCCCGUGGUAUGCACAUGCUCUGCUGCUGAUGUUCAGGCAGCCUUCAGCACCAUUGUCUCUCGGAUACAGAGAUACUGCAACUGCAAUUCUCAACCCCCGACCCCUGUGAAGAUUGCUGUGGCGGGAGCACAGCAUUACCUCAGCGCCAUCCUGCGACUCUUCGUGGAGCAGCUGUCCCACAAGACACCUGACUGGCUCGGCUACAUGCGCUUCCUCAUCAUCCCACUGGGCUCCCACCCUGUGGCCAGAUACCUCGGCUCUGUGGACUACCGCUACAACAACUUCUUCCAGGACCUGGCCUGGAGAGACCUGUUCAACAAGCUGGAAGCCCAGAGCACUGUGCAGGACACGCCAGACAUUGUAUCUCGCAUCACCCAGUACAUCUCGGGGGCCAACUGUGCUCACCAGCUCCCCAUCGCAGAGGCCAUGCUGACCUACAAGCAGAAGAGGAAAAAGCACUUUCACUUUGACUUUACUUUGAGCCCUGAUGAAGAAUCCUCUCAGAGGUUCAUUCCCUUUGUUGGGGUUGUGAAGGUUGGAAUUGUGGAACCAUCCUCAGCCACAUCAGGUGAUUCGGAUGAUGCAGCCCCUUCAGGCUCCAGCGUGCUCUCAUCUACACCACCCUCUGCUUCUACAUCUCCUGCAGCCAAGGAGGCUUCACCCACCCCACCCUCUUCCCCUUCAGUGAGUGGAGGCCUGUCUUCCCCCAGCCAGGGGAUCGGUGCCGAGCUCAUGGGGCUGCAGGUGGACUACUGGACAGCCGUACAGCCCACGGACAGGAAGAGAGAUGCCGAGAAGAAGGACCUCCCCACCACCAAAAACACGCUCAAGUGCACUUUCCGGUCCCUCCAGGUCAGCAGGCUGCCCAGCAGUGGCGAGGCUGCACCCACACCCACCAUGUCCAUGACCGUGGUCACCAAGGAGAAGAACAAGAAGGUGAUGUUUUUGCCCAAGAAAACAAAGGACAAGGACGUGGAGUCUAAAAGCCAGUGCAUUGAGGGCAUCAGCCGCCUGAUCUGCACAGCCAAGCACCAACAGAACAUGCUUCGGGUCCUCAUCGACGGCGUGGAGUGCAGCGACGUCAAGUUCUUCCAGCUGGCUGCCCAGUGGUCCUCCCAUGUGAAGCACUUCCCCAUCUGCAUCUUUGGACACUCCAAGGCCACCUUCUAAAACCCCAUCCACGGAGGGGCUGACGCAGGACAGUGGAGGGGCCUGUCCUGCCUUGUGUCGGCCACUGAUGGAGGGGAAGCUGUGUUUUUGUUAACACUUGGUUACUACAGAGA